AUGCAGACUCUUGCGAGUUCCGCCAACGCUCCAGGCGGAAUGCCCACUUUUGACAAGACAUCCGAGCAGCUCAAAUUGCAAUCCAAGGUUCUGGAGACUCUCUUUCCCGGUUCCAAUCUGAAAGAUCUCUUGGAAAAGAGUCAAAGUGAGCUCCUCGAGCUACUCAGCGUAAACCAUGUCUCUCCACGCAGCAAGGUGCAUCAACUGCCUCCUCAUAUGCCCAUCACGCCAGGUCCACCCCCCGUUCUUCCUCAAAGACGAGAACGAGAAGAAGAUGACCAAUUUGCCUCGGGCUCACCUGCUCAGGGGUCCGCCUCCGUGUCGGAAAAUGAAGAAGCGGCCGAGGAACGCCAAUGGGACGAAUCUCUCGACCAACCUGCUACCGUUGCCAGUGACGAUAUCAACGCCAUCGGAUUGGCUGCAGACAAUCACCAUGCGCGCUCUUAUCUCGGCGUAACAUCCAUGAGCGCCGUAUUCAGAACCAUAUUUCAAUUGUGCCCUGCCGCCAAGGAGCACACCAACAAAUGUGCCAGAUCGCUGGCUGCAGUGCCCUCACCAGUAUAUCCGACAGUGCCUGUUACCGGCAGAGACCCAGCACUGAGUGUUCUGCGGGAACAGCGUUUUAUUGACUUUUAUUUCGAACAUAUCCAUCCCCUUACUCCACUAUUAGAUGAACAAGACUUUCGAAGUCAGUACGCAUCUGGCACUCGUCGGGAUGGGUCGUGGAUGGGACUCUUGAACAUGGUCUUUGCUUUGGGAUCGAUAGCUUCUGGAAGCGAGGGUUUGCACGAGCAGUAUUAUCGGGAAGCCCGCUCAUUUACAGGAUUGGAUAGUCUAGGGUCUGGCAACCUUGAAAGUCUGCAGGCCCUAUGUCUCCUCGGCGGAUACUACUUACACUAUCGGAACUCGCCCAACAUGGCCUAUGGCAUCCUCGGUACAGCCCAGCGGGUAGCCAUUGCGCUCGGUCUACACCGUGAACCCCGCAGGGCCAUGGAGACACCAGACCCUGGCGAAAUGGAAUCAUGUCGAAGGCGUGUUGAAACCAGAAGACGAACAUGGUGGUCCUUUUUCUGCCUCGACACGUGGGCUUGCAUGACCCAAGGUCGCCCUACAUGCGGUCGAUGGGAAAGCAGCACCAUGGACACAUACUUUCCAUCGUGUCUCUACCCAGAUGACCAAGAGGCUACAUUGCUCCGAGCCAACAUUGAGUUCUGUCUAAUCUUCGAACGGGCCCAGCAUCGCUACGCCCAGUUCAGCCGUCUCUCCAACCAGGAGAUUCUAGCCCUCGACGCCGAACUGCAAACGUGGUACAAGAGCCUCCCUCAAGAAACAAAACAAGUUGACAAUGCUCCUCAAAGGUUCCGGUUUGCCCGAGAGCUAUUAAAAACGAGAUACUACAACGCCCGGAUCAUUCUUGCGCGAUCCCUUAUACUCUACAUGGCUCACGACUUGAAGCGUAAACCCGCAGAACUUCUCCCCGAGCAAGGCCACAUUCUCGAUCACUGUUGCUCCAUUGCCGCAGAGGCAAUCGACUCCACAGCACGAUACUGGUCCCCGAACCGCAUUCACGUGUGGCAUUCCGCAUGGUAUCUGUUCCAGGCAUGUACCGUGCCGCUGCUUAGCAUUGCAAUCAACAGAAAUAUGGAACAGCGUCAACAGAAACAAGUAUCAUCACCAUCAUCAGACAGAGUCGUCUCUUGGCAGACGAGCUUGGCAAAAGCGCUGGACACAUUUGCCGAAAUGCGGCCAUGGAUGCGAACAUCUGAUCGAUCCCCAGAUAUAGUGUCUGCCUUGUACGAAGCCCUGACAGCUGCUGGGGAAGUAGACGGCCAAACGCCUUCUGCGACGGACGGGAGCUUGGAUCUGUUUGGCUGGUGUGAUGAUCAGCUUACAGAGUUGGAUUGGAGAGUGUUUCUAGGUGAUGAAGGCUUGGCCAGGGGGAUGUAUCCAGUGUGA